UCCAACAGCAGCAGCGGCAGCACAGAAAGUGAGUGGGGCGAAGAGAAGUGGACUUAUCGAUUUAUUUGGGAGCGGCCCUUCGCUCACCAGUCGUUUAGCGCCCUCGUCCCACAGCCCGUCGCCGAUUGGUGCGCGCUCCAGUCCGUCAUUUUUCUGAUAGGUUCAUGGAAAAUUUUGCUUCAUAUGCAAGCCUAUUGUCACUCCGCCCACCGCUGGGAUUCUCCACUGUCAAGUCUGUAGGCUGGGUAGUACGACCGAAUAGAGCACAUUAGGGGCUUCAGGCUCGUCAUGUAUUUGAAAAACUCAAACGAAACUGUUGUGGAUUAACAUUUCAAGACGUUUCAAAAGGUGGACGGCUUACACUGAGUUAAGAAAACGGAUACUUUCCCCUUUGACGCUCCGUGCUGGAUGUUGACCGAGUUGAGCAGGGUUUUAUUGACGUUCACUGUUUUGGUGGCGUUCGCUCUAAGUUGGGACAUGCCUGUUUUUCCUCCAAGCUAAGAACUCGAUUUAGCGAUGCAUAAGCCCAUGUGUUCGUAAAGAUGAGUUUACAGGAAAUGGCAACUGCUCUGAGCGGCCGAAACCCGGGAGGACGCGGACCGAACCGAAGCAAGGGUCGGAUUUUAGGCAUCAUUGAUGCCAUUCAGGAUGCUGUGGGACCUCCAAAACAAGCUGCUGCCGACCGGCGGACCGUGGAAAAAACAUGGAAACUCAUGGAUAAAGUCGUCCGGCUGUGCCAAAACCCCAGACUCCAGUUGAAAAACAGUCCCCCGUACAUUCUGGAUAUCCUACCCGACGCGUACCAGCACCUGCGGCUCAUUUUAUGCAAAUAUGAGGAGCACCAGAAACUGUCCCAGCUCAGCGAGAAUGAGUACUUUAAAAUCUACAUCGAUAGCCUCAUAAAGAAGUCCAAGCGGGCCAUCAGACUCUUCAAAGAGGGGAAGGAGAGGAUGUACGAGGAGCAGUCACAGGACAGGAGAAACCUGACCAAACUGUCCCUGAUCUUCAGCCACAUGCUGGCGGAGAUCAAAGCCAUCUUCCCCGGGGGACACUUCCAGGGAGACACCUUCCGCAUCACCAAGGCCGACGCCGCAGAGUUCUGGAGGAGAUUCUUCGGAGACAAGACGAUAGUGCCAUGGAAGGUCUUCCGACAGUGCCUUCACGAAGUGCAUCUCAUCAGCUCCGGGCUGGAGGCCAUGGCCCUCAAGUCCACCAUCGACCUCACGUGCAACGACUAUAUCUCCGUGUUCGAGUUCGACAUCUUCACACGCCUCUUCCAGCCUUGGGGGUCCAUCUUGAGGAACUGGAAUUUCCUGGCGGUGACUCACCCGGGCUACAUGGCGUUCCUCACUUACGACGAAGUCAAGGCCCGGCUGCACAAAUACAUCAACAAGCCCGGAAGCUACAUCUUCAGACUGAGCUGUACGCGGCUGGGCCAGUGGGCCAUCGGCUACGUGACCAACGAUGGGAACAUCCUGCAGACCAUCCCGAACAACAAGCCACUGUUCCAGGCCCUUAUUGACGGCUACAGGGAGGGCUUUUAUUUGUUCCCAGACGGCCGCAGCUACAACCCAGACCUCAGUGACCUGUGUGAGCCCACGCCACACGACCACAUCAAAGUCACUCAGGAGCAGUACGAGCUGUACUGCGAGAUGGGCUCCACCUUCCAGCUGUGUAAGAUCUGUGCGGAGAACGACAAGGACGUGAAGAUUGAGCCCUGCGGUCACCUGAUGUGCACCUCCUGCCUUACCGCCUGGCAGGAGUCAGACGGCCAGGGCUGUCCGUUCUGCCGCUGUGAGAUCAAGGGGACUGAGCCCAUCAUCGUGGACCCCUUUGACCCGCGCAACGAGGGCGCCCGCUGCUUCUUCCUGGACCAGUUCAGCUGUCCCGCCCUGGAGCUGGACGACGAGGACGACCGCCUGGACGACUGCCUGGUCAUGAACGGACUGGCCAACAUCAGGAAGCACUGUGCGGAGCGGCAGAACUCCCCCAUGGUGUCCCCCACCUCCUCCCCCCUGAGCCAGCGCAGGAAGGCCCACGCCGCCGCCUCUGGGGGGGGCUGCUCCGACGUGGGCCUCUACGGGGUCCAGCACCUGGGCCUGCCCCCCGUACCCCCCCGCCUGGACCUGAUCCAGAAGGGGGCCGGCCGCUCGCCCUCCGCCAGCCCCACCGCCUCGCCUAAGUCGUCUCCAGGCAUGUCCAGGAAGCAGGACAAGCCCCUCCCCGCGCCUCCGCCCCCCCAGCGGGACCCGCCCCCGCCACCUCCCCCCGAGCGACCCCAUCCCCACCCUUCCGAGUCCCGCCUCUCCUGGCUGGCCCCCUCCACCUCCUCUUCGUCCUCCUCCUGCUGCUGCCCUUCCUCCCUCUCCUCCCUCUCCUCCUCUUCCUCCUCCUCCCUCGGCCCCUCCAGUGACCCCCUGUCGCUCCCGUGCGACCCCCACAACAAGAGCGACGGGGGUGACCAUUCCUGCUCUACCUCCUCCUCCGCCUCCUCCUCCUCCUCCUCCUCCUCCUCCUCCUUCGUCACCGCCGCCGUGGUCACGGCCCCAAAGCCCCCCUCCCACCUUGGCCUCAACGGCCGACCGCUGAGCUUCCCCUCGGGCUGCGGGAGCCGAGCACAUCACAGGGCGGACCACCCGGGCCCCCCCGACGUCUCCAAGCAUUUCCCCAAUGGUUUCCAGAUCAGCGAUGACUACGACAUUCUCCCCCCCAGACACUCGCCACCCACAAGCCAUAAACCCCAGAAUCACUUCAGCAGAGGCGGGCUGGAGAGGGAGAGAGAGCGGGGCCCCCCGGAGAGGCCAGAGACGCUGUACCAGGUGCCCUCAUCCAGCCUGUGUAUCAGCCAAGCCCCUAUCUGCAUCUCCAUAUCGGCCCCAAGCAGGCAUGGGGAGAACGGGUCCCCGGAGCCCCCUUCCUCCUCCUCUUCCUCCUCCUCCUCUUCUUCUGAGGAGAGGAAGGUCAAGCCUCCAGAGCAUGGUGGGCCCUUCGAGCUGGUCAGACCCCCGCCGCCGGCAGCAGCAGCAGCGGUUCAUGCUGCCCCCUGCCCCCCACGGAACCUCAGAACCCCCUCAGACUAUGACGUCCUGCUGGCCCCUCAAGCGGUCGAGGGUCACCUCAACGGCCGGCCCUCCCCCCAGUCCACCCCUCCCCCGCAGCCCCCGCCGCCCCCCCUCCGCCACAGCUGCACCGACCUGCCCUCCUCCGCCUCCUUCCCGGCUGUCACCCGGCCGCACCGCCCGGCGUCGGGCCACGAGCACCUGCUGUUGACCCCAGAGGCGGUGCUGGACAUGUUGAGCGGGGCGGCGCCCCUCCCCCCCCUUCGCAGGCAGGCGGUGGACCAUGUCAAGUACCUCCCCAGGGAGGGCCUGGACCACCCACACCUGACCGCCGCACAAGGGGCUCCGGACUUCCAGCAGGCGCCCGCCCGGCCCCCCAAGCCCUUCCCCCGCAAGGCCCCCCCGGCGCCGGAGGUCCCGCACGGGAAGUCUCACGCGGGGCACCACCCCCCGCCGCCGCUGCCCCCGCCCUCCUGCUCCUCCUCCUCCUCUUCGUCAGCGGCGGGGUGCGAGAGCGCCGACGCCAAGAUCGCCCAGCUGAUGGGGGAGGGGUACUCGUUCGAGGACGUGAAGCGGGCGCUGAUGAUCGCCCAGAACAAGGUGGAGGUGGCCCGGAACAUUCUGCGAGAGUUCGCCCUGGUGGCACCCGGCUCCAAGUCUAGAUGAACGGGCGGGGACCAACGUCUGGACACGCGUCUGGAUGCACACACACACACACACACACACACACACACACACACACACACACACACACACACACACACACACACACACACACACACACACACACACACACAUGAAAGCGCAGAUGCACACACACGUGUAGGAGAGCACACACACACACACACACACACACACACACACAGAGGGAGAGGGGGAACGCGUUAAAGCUGUUGCCCCUUGGUUGAAUACAAAACAAAAAGGGCUUCUGGAGCCGGGCUCGUUGGACGCAGGGAGGGUACGGCCGGCGGCCAGCGGUCAGCGGGCCGGGGGUCGGGACGGCGCUGACGAUGACGGACUGCGGCACGGAGGUGGGGAAACCAGCGAGUGAGGCGCGACCACAGGAGGACCUUCUGCGCUGACAGACGGUGGACGGGGACGUGUUUUCUGUUGUUGCUUUGUGGGUUUUUCUUCAAUAUCUGUGAGAACGGACAGCGAGAUUGAUCACCAGGAAACGGCUGGCCGCGCGCACUGCCUUCGCUCUCACAAGGACAACUCUUUUGUUCAACAUUUCACACACGCAGCCAAUUACUGUUUUUUUGUAAAUGUAAACACACGCGCGCCAGCGCGCACACACACACACACACACACACACAUCUAUACAUAUAUAUUUAUGUGUGUAUAUAUGUAUGUGUGUAUCUAUAAGUAAGUAUAUGUGUAUAUAUGUAUAUAUAUACAUGUAUAUAUAUGUGUAUAUAUGUAUAUUUAUUAAUAUAUAUGUGUAUAUAUAUAUAUAUGACUCCUUCUCGUUCCCCUGCUGCUGCCGCUACAUUGAUUCCUCGUGUAAUAGUAUUUCACCGGUUAAGUCAUCAUUUCUGCACUGAAAAGAAAUAUGCUAAAUGUGUUCAUGGCCUUCCGUUAAUUAUUAAAUUCACGUCCAGCAGGGGGAGACAAACUCUUUUGCUUUAGUUUCCUUCGUCCCAUCAAGGGCUAAGAGAAGGAGAACGGGGGACAGGGAUAAUGACAGAAAGAAUGAUAGAGAGAAAGAGAAAAAUAGAUGGAGGUGGAGAGCGAAUGAGAGCCAAAGAGACUUUGGUUUUGAAUGUAUGUGUCAAAAGCUACGUGCCAGUGUGUGUGUGUGUGUGUGUGUGUGUGUGUGUGUGUGUGUGUGUGUGUGUGUGUGCGCGCGCAUUCUAUAAGCAUUUGAGUGAUGGGAGCGGAGCAUAGCCAUGGGACUGUUCAUCCCUUAACUGCCAAAGGACGGUUCAUUUGGAAAUGUCAGGUUGGGUUCCCUGGAUGCGCUGCGUCGCCGCAGGCUGCUAGGGCGUCGCUGUGCUAUGCCAUGCUAUGUUGUUGUUGUCGUUGAUGUUGUUGCUGUUGUUGUUGUGGUUGGGUUUGCUCCGGUGGACGGCAGAGGUGGCCACAGUGCAUUAGGUACCGCUGGUUCUGCACCAGAAGCCGCUCAGCAUGCACACGGAACCACGUUGGUGCAGCUAUACCUUCAGUGGCUCUCCCAGUCUGGGUUUCCUCGAGGACCCUCAUGCGUUUCAUCGAGUCGUAUUGCAUCACUUAACAUUUCCGCCAUGGCAUGGACUGAGGACUGGGGAACUCCCAAUUGCAUUAACUGACCCCACCGAAAAAAAACUUGAAUUGUAGUUGUAGAGGUUAUGUGCUACCUUUUUUUAAUACAUUUGAGCUGGAUUCGUUGUAUAUAUCGCCUUAAUAUCCAAAUGGAAACAAGAGUUUCAAGACCCCUCUGUGAAACAUUUGUGACCUCUACUGGGAGCGGGAUCCACAGGUUGGGAAGCACUGGUUUAAUGAAUCUAGGAUCUGUGUGAUGGUGUGUGUGUGUGUGUGUGUGUGUGUGUGUGUGUGUGUGUGUGUGUGUGUGUGUGUGUGUGUGUGUGUGUGUGUGUGUGUGUGUGUGUGUUGGGUUCCUCCGAUGACUGCAAAUGCCUUCAUUAAUUAAUUUUAUUGGAUAGGGGAAAUCACAUGGGUUGAUCUGUCAUUUUUCUAAUAUUUGAGAACAAACGACAAAACAGUGAGAUCAUAGAUGGUUAAAUAUGUUUGUUCAUUCAAUACCAGGUGUGGCCAUGUGCACACACGCACACACACAAACACACACACACACACACACACACACACACACACACACACACACACACACACACACACACACAAGCAUCUUUUUAAACUGCUUUUGCUGUCGCCAGUUUAACAUGCAUCAGGCAAUCCCGGACCACCUCUUCAUAGUGGAUGAAUCCCUAGUGUGUCUCCCCUGGUGUGGUACCCUAAUCUAAUACAUCUGACAAUGAUUGUGUUAUGCUUGGGUUUUGUAAGAUAGGGCUAAUAACAAGUCUUUGCUGAAAGAAUUGGACCCAACCCCCUCGGGUUGGAUGGGCUAUGGCAGCUUUUUAAUUAGCACUACAUACUUACAACUCCUCAAUUCACUGUACAUUUUCUUUGUUUUGGUAUAAUUGUGUUUUUCGCUGCUUUGCAUAUGUGAGGGCUUGUUUGAAUCUUGUUUACCCUCUGUUGCCCCUGCAUCGAGUAUUUGUUUGUUUAUAUCAUUGUUAUAUGAAGCAGCAAUUUUAAAGGAGGAUUUGAAAAUGUCAUAUUUCCCUUUUUGGACGAAAAAAAUAACAAAAUGUUGGUGCAAACUUGCCUCUGUUCAUAGCACCACCGAGCAAAACAGAUAUAUUAUUUUUUUCUGUCUCCGUUGUGCUGUCCUUUCAGUAUUCAGAAUGUGGCAGAAAAUCUCCUCAGUGUGUCCCUUGAUGUCAUGAUGUUGUGCACACCUUUUAUUUACACCAGGCGUGGCACAGCCACUUUAAAGGACCCGUUCCAACGGCCAACGACAGCCCUCCCCGGUCUAUACAGUUCUAGCAUAUUCCAAAGCUGAAUCCAUGUGGCAUUCCAUUUCAACUGAAAGCUUGACUUUGCACGGUGUCUCGAUUUUCUUUGGAUCCUUUCAGAUUGAAAAUAUCUCUGUAUCCACUGUCAGAAAUUCCCCGUGGCGCAUUCCUUUGAAAUUGGUGUAAGUGGCCUUAAGAUUGCAAAAAGGGCAGUUGUUACUUUUUUUUAUAAUUAGUUUUUUCUUAACGUUCUGUGGCAAAAAAAAUACCCUAAACAAAAAACGGUGUCAAAAUAUGUAAAGUGUAACGUGCAAUUAAUUUAUACAUUCAUGAUGCCUUUUUUCUUAGUAUGUUAUUUCCAUGGAUACGAAAUAAAAGAAAGUCAUGUCUAUUGGU